AUGACAGAAUCCUUUUCUAUACCCACCACUGAUCUAGAUUAUUGCUUAGUGCAAUUAUUUGAACAUAAACCACCUAAAUUAUUACCACCUGAAAGCAUCCAGCAAUUAUGCCAUACAUUGAAGAUACAACUAUUGUCAGUACCCAAUAUCAUGCAACUACAAUCGCCGGUAACUAUAGUAGGCGACAUACACGGACAAUACCACGAUUUAUUGGAAAUUUUUCAAAUUGGCGGAUCACCGCCCAACACGAACUAUUUAUUUCUCGGUGAUUAUGUGGACAGAGGUUAUUAUUCGGUGGAGACUAUACUAUUAUUAAUAGUAUUGAAACUUCGAUAUCCAGAUAGAGUUUCUUUAAUACGAGGAAACCACGAAUCGAGAACUAUUACUACUAAUUACGGUUUCUAUUCAGAAGUUUUGAAUAAAUACGGUGGAUCCGUAGAUGUUUGGUUGUAUAUUACAGAUUUAUUUGAUUAUUUGCCCCUAGGAGCAACGAUAGAUGGAAAAAUUUUCACCACUCAUGGAGGCUUGUCACCAAGCUGUCAACAAUUAGAUCAGGUUAGAGCAAUUGAUAGAUUCAAAGAAAUACCCCAUGAUGGAAUAAUGGCCGAUUUGGUCUGGUCAGAUCCAGAUCCAGAAAUUAUGGACUUCAAGUUAUCACCAAGAGGAGCAGGAUACCUAUUCGGGUUUGAUGUUAUAGAAAAGUUUUGCAACGAUAAUGAUUUGGUUCAAUUGGUUCGGGCUCAUCAAUUAUGCAACGAAGGAUAUGUAAGCUACUGGAAAGGAAAAUGCUUAACGGUGUGGUCGGCUCCGAACUAUUGCUACAGGUGUGGAAAUAAGGCGAGUGUAUUAGAAGUUCUCCAUUCAAAUUACCAGAGUAAGAACAAUAAUAGUAACAAUAGCGAGAAGGACCCCUAUGAUAAGGGUUUAGGAGUAAUAAAUGGUGUAUUGCCUGGCCAGUUCUUCAAUGUCUUCGAUGCAUCUCCAGAAAAUGAUGAGGAUACAAUUAGUGGGAAAGGUGUGAAUGGAGACUGGAUCAAUGGCAACGAUUCGUUUGGCGACUUCUAUAACGGAAGGCCUCGAACACAGCAACAUGUAGAAUACUUUUUAUGA